AGUUCAAUUCAUUGAUUAUAAUUUUUUGUUGCUUCAUCUGGUAAAGAUAGCAAAAUGCUUGAGGAGAUGAUCGGUCUAGCCUUGUCAAUUUGUUCACUUUUUGCUGCAGAUACACCGAGUGUGGGAUCUAACUCGCAAACUUUACUCGAAGACACAAAUUUUGAGAAUGAGAAUGAAGCAGAAAUAUCUUUUAUCAACAAAGAAUACGAUGAUAAUUAUGGUGAAACAGUGCUCGAAAAUUUUCUUCGCAGUGGCUCAAGUCCGCAUUUAACAAAUUUUGAUGGUUGUCGGAACAAUAGUAAAGUUCUGAAGACAUUUUGGAAAUGUUUAAGGACAAACUUAAGCAUCAUUAUCGUCUCCAUCUUUCCUAUUGGAUUCGCAAUAUUGCUUGUCUACGUGUCAAUAAAUACCGUCUACAGCUGUAUGGAGUUGUGGAGACACAACAUGACAGAACCAUUUUUUUUGAAACGCGUAGAGUUGUUUGGUGAUGGCGUGCUCUGGCUAAUUGUAUCUUUAUGGUUUCCAUUAACAAUGAUAAUAUUAUUUGGAUGGAAAGAAUUUAAAGCGAAGUAUUUUUCAACAAUUUUUAUAGCUGUCAUUAUAAGCGAGUUCGUCGUUAUAAUUAAGUUAAUACUAUUUCAGUUCAAUGUUUACAGUUUAUAUGGCUACUACAUGUACAUAUCAUAUUUUAUGUAUUGGACAUCGCUGUUAUCUUCAACAUUUGUUAUCUUAAAAAACAUUAGAGCUGGCAGACCUUCUAUUUCUUGUUCCAACUUUCAUAUCUCAGCUCUUGUUCUUAUACAAUUUAUCUUUUGUAUUUUACUUUCGUAUGUUUACUUGUAUGUUAUUAUCCAUGGGUUUCUUAGCGUUCGUCGAAAUUUAUAUAAAUUUUUAAUUGCUACCUCUUCACCACUGAUGACAUUUAUACCUGCACUGUUGUGUUUCCACAUGGCGUUAAGAAGAAGUUCCGAGGUCAUUCAACCCGGUCGUAGUUUUGUCCUGGUGUAUGUGAUUCGAGGUGGCGUUAUAUUUGUUUACAGAACAAUGCAAACAAACUUUAAAAGCAUUUGGAUUUUCAUUGGUCUUUCAUUGUUUUCAGCUGUUUUGAACUUCUUAAAAAAAGCAACCCAACAAAUUCGCUUCAACAUGUGGAAGCGACUAGUUUCAACUUUAAAAAUGAAUUCACGCUGUUUUCAAAGACUCCAAGUUUUGCCAUGGAACACUGCUCAUGCAAGACGGUUAAAAGCUGACCUAGAAAUUCAAGAUAUACUUUUCGAAUACAAUACCCUUGUUUUAAGCCAAGCCUUUUUUAUUUGUUAUCAGCUUCAGAAUUUUGACAUUGCAACUCUACCAUUGUUGUAUGAGCUCCUAAAAAGAAUUGCAAUUGGUGUUUCAAUUGAUUUCAUCUUUAACUGUUUGUCCAUCUUCAUGCAAAUGUAUUAUUACAACAUUCCCAUUGGCCGCGUGUGGAAUAAAUUUUGGAAACGUCAUUUGUCAGCCAAUAUUAUUGUUGUGGUACUGAUUAUUGCACAUUUGGGGGGACAAUUUGCAGCAGUAUUUCGAUGGAAUUUUCAAGUGUCAGGAGACACUAAAAGUUAUGUUGUUAGGAACUGUUCCUUGUUUUAAUAAAGGUUACACUUCUCUU